CGGGGAUCGGCUCCAUUGUGCAAUCGCCGCGGCGGGGAUCGGGCGGGAUCGAGCGGGACCGGCGCUGCCAUGUCCGCGGCCCCGGGCUGAGCUCGCGCCUCCCCCGCACCCGGCCUCGUUGCCGCCGCGGGCAAGAACCCUCUGGAGUUGCCACCACCCCUGUGGGUGCCCUGGGACACGCCGCCGAUGAGCUCCAUGAACCCAAUGAAACCUUCUCUGCCACCCACACCGCAUGGUGAUGGUUCAUUUGCAUACGAGUCGGUUCCUUGGCAACAGAACACCAAUCAGCCGGCCGGAUCUCUCUCCGUGGUAACCACCGUGUGGGGAGUCAGCAACACGUCCCAGAGCCAGGUGUUCGGAAAUCCCAUGGGCCCCGGUGGGAACACAUCUGGUACCUCCAUGAUGCCCGGUCUGGCUAGCAGUGGCUCAGGCAUGAGCUCACCCCCGUUCCUGGCUCAGCAGCCAUUUGCUGAGGGCGCCGCAGGCAAGGGCUACGUCCAGCAGGGUGUCUAUGGACGCGGUACCUACCCUGGCGGGCCCAGCUUUGCAGCUAGCUAUGCAGGCAGUCCCAAUGGCCCCGGGGGCCUGGCGCUCCCCUCCCAUGCUGCGCGGCCGCCUACUGACUUCACCCAGGCAGCUGCUGCUGCUGCUGUUGCUGCUGCUGCCGCCACGGCCACGGCCACAGCCACAGCCACGGUGGCUGCCCUGCAGGAGAAGCAGAGUCAGGAGCUGAGCCAGUAUGGAGCAAUGGGGGCCGGGCAGACCUUUGGCGGGCAGUUCGUGCCACACUCAGCGCCACGUGGCCCCGCUGCCUUGGGGACUGUUAUGGGUCCAUCGGGCAUGGCUCCCAUGACUCUGAACGCUGCCCGGGCCCCUGGCUUGAGCCCCCUGUACGGUGGGCAGCGGUUGCCCCAGCAUGGCUACCCUGGCCCUCCUCAGACCCAGCAGCUGCCCCGCCAGGGCGUCAAGAGGGCCUACCCCAGCGAUGGCUACCCAGGCCAGCAGUAUCUGCAGGGGGCGCAGUACCCAGGCCAGGCUGUGCAGUAUGCCCCCAGUGCCCCCCAGCCAUCGGCCCCCUCCCCCUCCUACCCUGGGCAUAGGAUGCAGCAGAGCAUGGGCCAGUAUCUCUCUGCCUCAGGGUCCACUGGGCCCUACUACAAGCCUAACGAUCAGUUCAAUGGGCAGAACACCAGCUUCGGCACCUACAGCCAAGCUACCAUGAAUGGGCCUGGCAGGUCCAUGCCCAGCUACCCCAGCUCGCCCGGGAACCCUACGCCCCCUGUGACACCUGGCAGUGCCCUGCCACCCUACGGCUCACCUGGGCAGGACGUCAAGUCACCCUUCCUGCCGGACAUCAAGCCCAGCAUUCUGCACCCAUCCCCCUCGGCAGGUGGGCCGUGUGAGGAGCUGCGCCUCACCUUUCCGGUGCGUGACGGCGUGGUGCUAGAGCCCUUCCGCCUGCAGCACAACCUGGCCGUCAGCAACCACGUCUUCCAGCUGCGCGACUCUGUCUACAAGACCCUCAUGAUGCGGCCCGACCUGGAGCUGCAGUUCAAAUGCUACCACCACGAGGACAGGCAGAUGAACACCAACUGGCCAGCUUCAGUACAAGUGAGUGUCAACGCCACGCCGCUGACCAUUGAGCGUGGGGACAACAAGACCUCUCACAAGCCUCUCUACCUGAAGCACGUGUGCCAGCCGGGCCGCAACACCAUCCAGAUCACUGUCACCGCCUGCUGCUGUUCUCACCUCUUCGUGCUGCAGCUGGUUCAUCGCCCCUCUGUGCGCUCUGUGCUGCAAGGUCUCAUCAAGAAGCGGCUGCUGCCGGCUGAACACUGCAUCACCAAGAUCAAGCGCAAUUUCAGCAGUGGCACCAUCCCGGGCACACCGGGUCCCAAUGGAGAGGAUGGGGUGGAGCAGACAGCCAUCAAGGUGUCCCUCAAAUGCCCCAUCACCUUCCGGAGGAUCCAGCUGCCCGCCAGGGGCCACGACUGCCGGCACAUCCAGUGCUUUGACCUGGAGUCCUAUCUGCAGCUGAACUGUGAGAGGGGGACCUGGCGAUGCCCCGUCUGCAACAAGACAGCCCUGCUGGAGGGACUGGAGGUGGACCAGUACAUGCUGGGCAUCCUCAUCUACAUCCAGAACUCGGACUAUGAGGAGAUCACUAUCGACCCAACGUGCAGCUGGAAGCCAGUGCCCGUCAAGCCUGACGUGCAUGUCAAGGAGGACCCGGACGGCCCUGUGCUAAAGCGCUGCCGCACCCUGAGCCCCAGUCACAUGGUGCUGCCCAAUGUCAUGGAGAUGAUCGCGGCCCUGGGUCCUGGCUCCUCACCCUUCGCUCCCCUGCAGCCUCCACCUACUGCAGGUGGCACUGCUGCGGACUACAGUAGCCAGGGCUCUGCAUUCCCUGGCCCUGGGAGCUUCCCGGACUCCUUCCCAUCCACCAACCCCGGCACGCCAACGCUGCCUGAUUUCCCACCAGCACCGCCUCCUGUCUCCUACCCACCCGAUGUGCCUAGUGGCCUCCUAACUCCUGAGAAGCCGCCCGCAUCCUCUGGCACCACCACACAGAUGCCCCCAGCGGGCCGAAUGGACCCUUCCCACAAUGCCGUGCAGCAAGGGCUCCAUGCUCCCGGCCUGGGCAGCCACCGUGCCACGCCACAGGCCCGGACACCACUGGCACAGGGAGGAUCGGGGCCACCAGGCCACACUGGGGACCUGGCCUUCACCCCCGGGCCAGGAAUGGUGGGGCAGGCAGGCAUGCCGGGGGCCACAGAUGGCCCGGAGCCUUCCCUGGACCUGCUGCCUGAGCUGACCAACCCCGAUGAGCUGCUGUCUUACCUGGGCCCCCCCGACCUGCCCACCAACAGCAACGAUGACCUCCUGUCCCUCUUCGAGACCAACUGAACUUCUCUCUUCCCCCCAUGGACCUCUCCCCAUGCCCAGUGUUUGGGUCUGAAGCUCCUGCCACUGUCUCGGGGAACCAUGGUGACUCUGGGCAGGGGGGACCCAGGGGUCCAGGAUGUGGGCCGGGAGAUCUGUGGCUGGAAAAGAGCCCUACUGACCCCAUGGCUGGGUGCCUGGACAUGGUACCUGUCCCACGGUGAAACAUCCCAUGUCCUUUCCCACCCCCAUCCCCGCCAAUGCCCGCAGUAUCCCUUGCCACCUCUAUGCCCUGGAUGUGUGUGGGCAGCUGUGCGAGGCGAGAGCGGCCGAAUUCUGGCCCCACAAGCACAAGGAUGUACAUAAUGUAGAAACACUAACCCCUCCCCAACCCGUGACAUAUUUAAAGGCAAGAGCAUCGCCCCAGCCCCCCUGUAUAUAAAUGUGCAUACGCUGCCCUAUUUGUAACAUAGCCCCUGCUGUGUGGAGCCCCCCCAGCACGCCAGCUGCACCCUGCGGCCUGUCUGCCUCUGCCCUGAGCUGUGACCGAAAGAAUCGGGGCUGUUUCCAGCCCCCAAGCACGCCCAGAUCGGCCGGUGGGGGGUGAGUAAAAAAUUGGAGUGUAAAGGAAAGGAACACACCUCCCAGCAUACGCAUGCACGCACAUGGAUACAUGCAGGCAUGUACACAGACAUAAGAGAGGGAAGUAGGGCUGGAAGGGAUCUCUAGAGGUUAUCUAGUCCAACCCCUAUGUGCAUACCUACACGUGCAUGCACAUGGAUAGACACAUGGACAUGCACGCAUAGACAUACGUGCACAGAUGUGCACACCGCUAUGCACAUACACACACACAUACAUGCAGACCCUUGCACACAAGCACAGGCAUGCAUGUGCACACGUGCUUGCAUACACACAGACAUGCGCACAUGUACAUGCAGCUGUGGGCUCACAUGCACACACUUGCAGAGAGACACGCUCAGAUGUGAGCACACAGACACGUGUGCACACCCUGCACAGGUGUGCAAGCAUAUGCCCACAAACACAGACGUGCACACUUGCAAGGAAGGGGGAGUAAGGAGUAUGCACUUCCCUUCCCCACGCAUGUGCGUGCACACACUUCCCCAUCCCAGCCUGACCUCAGCAGAAGCUGGGGUCCUGGGAGGGGCCUGCUACCCCCAGUUGGCCCCCCCGACCCCAUCCUGCCUAUGUCCAAGCGCCGCGGCUGCGGCCCCAGUUGGUGUUGGUGUACCUGGGUGUCCUCGCUCUCCAUUAAAGGAUUUCUUUUGACCAUG